UAUCCACAGCUUGAAGCAAACUACAUCCCCAGACCGACCGACACUCUCUCUCACACAGCAAAACCUCACUAAAACCCUGCCUCACUCUCUUCAAAAGCUUAUUCUAUCACAUAUGUGAUCUUCUCUCUCCAAAUGAUGCAACUUUCAGUGACCAUUUCAACAUCCUCAAGCUUCCCAUCCUUCUCCCCUUCUCAACAACCCACCCAAAACCCUCCUCCUCCUCUUCCUCCAGCCAUUGAAAGACCCAAAAAACCAAAGCACCACACACUGCGAGUUAACCAGCACCACCACCAGCACCAUGUUGGGCCUCUACAUGCCCUCAAAGGCACUGGGUUCUUGUCCGCAAUUGGCCAAGCAAUCGAAGAAGAAGAGUAUCGAAAAGCUAGGGCUGAGGUUAAUCGUAAAGGGUUCAAUUUAGAAGGGUAUUCGAUCGAGGGAGUUUCGAUUGGCGGGCAUGAGACUUGUGUCAUUGUCCCCGAAUUGAAGUCUGCGUUUGACAUUGGGAGGUGCCCAUCUAGGGCUGUCAAUCAGAAUUUUGUGUUUAUCACUCAUGCUCAUCUUGAUCAUAUUGGUGGGCUCCCUAUGUAUGUAGCAACUCGUGGUUUGUACAACUUAAAACCUCCAACAGUAUUUGUGCCUCCUUGCCUUAAAGAGGAUGUGGAGAAGUUAUUUGACAUUCACAGGACCAUGAGUCAGGUGGAACUGAAUCUUGAUUUGGUUACAUUAGAUGUAGGUGAAACUUAUGAAAUGCGGAAUAACCUUGUUGUAAGACCAUUUAAAACUCACCAUGUUAUACCCAGCCAGGGUUAUGUAAUUUACUCGGUUAGAAAAAAGCUGAGGAAGCAGUACAUGCAUUUGAAUGGAAAACAAAUUGAGAAGCUAAAGAAAUCUGGUGUUGAGAUCACAGACACUAUAUUGUCUCCAGAGGUGGCCUUCACAGGAGAUACAAUGUCAGAUUUUUUUCUUGAUCCCCGCAGUGCUGAUGCCUUAAGGGCAAAAAUUCUUAUAACGGAGGCAACGUUUCUGGAUGAAGGUUGCAGCAUCGAGCACGCACGUGAACAUGGCCAUACUCAUUUGUUUGAGGUAUGUGAUAUGCAAGAGAUUAUAGAACAUGCUCAGUGGAUCCGCAACAAAGCUGUUUUGCUGACACAUUUCUCGCCCCGCUACAAUAUUGAGCUUCGGACCUGGUGUUGCAUAUUGUCUGUGCUAAGGAUGCAUUUGAUUGAAUUCAUGCCUUCAAAUAAGAAUGUUGGCUGUCCAUUACAUAAGUUUUUCAACCAUGCAAAGGAACAUCACAAAUCAGAUGGUGUAGAAUCAUUUAGUUAAAUGAGAUGUCACUUUGUAAACCUCUCAUGUUGGGCCUAUUAUUUACAUUGAUUUUCUUGCUAGUUUUAAGUGAGAGAUAUACAGUGAUUAUAGAUAUGCAUUCCUCAGGUCCAAGGUUAACUCAAAUUUCUUCUUCUUUAUUAUCCGAGUAAUGAUAUGUACAAACAGAAAAUUCAUUUCAUACGGAAUUUUCAUACAUAAUAAUGUGGCUCAAUGUUGAUCUUUCACUUUAAAACAAAACACCCAUGAAGGUGGAUUUAUUUAUAAGAAUGGCUUUGCCACAUCA